AUGUCGAUGCCUCAGUCGUCAACAACAAUGCAGUCGGCAGGACAAGUUUCAAUGCCGAUCCAGACUUCUGCGCCAAGUGGGAGUUCUUUGCCGAUGAAUACAGCCCCGCAUAUUUCGGCAAUAGAUUCAUAUUCAACGGUGAUAACAGAUCAAUCAACUGGGAUAGGGAGACAAUCUAAUCAACAGCAGUCUAAUGCUGGAUCAAGUCUUUUCGGAGAGAGGUCUAGUUUUCUUGGGUCUUACGGAAGUCCGGAUUUUCAGACUCCAAGUUUUCAAAGCCCAUUAUUCCAAGUUCCAGUAUUCCAUAACCAAGGUCAAGUGGAUCAGGUUCCACCAAUGACUCUUGAAAUGAUGCACCAAAGGUUCACGGCAAUAGAACAUACUAUGGCUGGGCAAGUGGAAAGGUUCGAAAACGCUUUUCCGAGGUUAAUCAAUCGUAGUGCAAAUUCAGGGGGUGCUGGUUCCAGUGGAUCUGCAGUGACGGGCAGUAACACGGCUACAGGAACAGCACAUGUGGAAGUACCACCAGUUAAGAUGGUAAAUAAUCCUUUGUACAAUGCUAUAUUUCAACCGUCUGCAACAGAUACUCCGAUACAACAUGUUGGAACAAGAUCAAACAAUAACGGAUCACAAACUGUUGCAAAUACUACAAGGCAUGGGAUGCACAGUUGGUAUUACCCGAUGGUUCCGAGUCAACCUGCAUUCAUUCCACCACCAAGGAAUUUCACGUUUGAUGGGCAUCAAUUGCCUCCAUUGUCUUCCCAAUAUGAUGCACCAGUAAUGAUGUUUGGAACGCCAUGGGGACAACAUAUGCCUUAUCAAGGUUACCAAGUACCAUGA